AUGCACCCACGUUAUCGAUAUAUUUUCAAUAUCAAUAUCAAUAACUACAGGCGUUAUCAAUCAAUAUUGAUUGCUGACAAGUCUGAGAGGCUCCAUGAAUCCUUGAAACCGAGAGUUCCAGGGAGAAUCUAUCGGACAUUCUACAAGUCAUGGUGCCUCACGCUCCUGCUGCCUAAACAGAAUAUUGAAGCCGUCGGUGUACCGGAGACCAUGGAAACUCUCGGCCUUACGAAGAACAUUCCUGAAUGCUACGUAUACGACUCUGAAUCCCAAAACCUUUCGUGGCAAAAGUCGUACGAAGACGGCGAAGAGUUGGAAUCCAAAAGAUCAUAUCCUGUCAUGUACUUCGAUGGCACAGAAUUCCCUGGUGGAGCCAGUGUCGGCUGGGUCGAAGUAGACAACCUUCGAGAAUACGACAUGGCGGGCCCUCGAGGUCUCAUCGAACACCACAAACAAGCAGAGUUAUAUCUGGAACUCUCCAAGCUAGCCCGCUGUAAAGAAUGA